UACAGCUGAAUAAAGGCGACUACAGAGGUAUGAAGGAGGAGCUGAGCAGAAUUGACUGGAAGAGGAGCCGAGCAGGAAAGACAGUGGAACAGCAAUGGCGGGAGUUUCUGGGACUAAUUAAGGUGACGCAGCAAAUAUUCAUCCCUAGGAGAAAGAAGCAUGGUAUAGGGAGGAUGAGGCACCCAUGGCUGACUAAGGAAGUCAGGGAUAGCAUAACAGCAAAACAGAAAGCAUAUAAUGUGGCGAAGGGCAGUGGGAAACCAGAAGACUGGGAAGCUUACAAAGACCAACAGAAGGCAACAAAAGAAGAAAUAAGGAGGGAGAAGAUUAAAUAUGAGGGAUGGAGCCCGGAGAAUAUCUGUCGCGCAUUGGCUACGAGGGGGGAACGGAGCCGUCGCUGGAGAACCUGAAGGCCAUCCACAGGUGCCAUGUGUUGGCAGUGCCAUUUGGAAGUCUGGCCAUCCAUUGCGGUGAGCCCAUCCAACUGUCCCUGCCCGACGUCUACCGCAAGGUGGUGGUCCACAGGAGGGGGGGCUUCUGCUAUGAGCUGAAUGGCCUGUUCUCCUGGCUCCUGGGAGCCCUCGGCUACGGGAUCCACCUGCUGUCUGGCCGUGUUCGUAACUUCCAAACCGGGCGCCUGGGACCCCCAGACGACCACCUCCUCCUGCUGGUGACGGUGGGGGGUGAGGGUGGGCAUCCAUGGCUCUGCGACGUGGGAUUCGGGAAUUCCUUCCGCUGCCCCUUGCCCCUGGAGGACGGCCUCCUGGAGCGCCAGGAGAACGGCCUCUUCCACCUGCAGUGGGCAGCGGGGGAGGGGGCAGAAUGGCGGCUGAGGCGCUACCCAUCCUCCAGCCCGGGCCCCACAGACGAGCCCGGCGCCACCCUCUACACCUUCGGCACCCGGCCGCGGGCCUGGCGCGACUUCGAGGGCAUGUGCCGCUACCACCAGACGUCGCCCAGCUCCAUCUUCGCCUGCAAGUCCUUCUGCUCGCUCCAACUGCCCGGCGGGCUGGUCAGCUACGUGGGGCGGCGCCUGAUCGAGACCCAGUUCACCGCCCAAGGAGACCGCAAGUCCACCACAGAGCUGGCCGACGAGGACAUACCCCGGGUCCUGAGGGACAGGUUCGGCAUCGUCCUCAGGAACAGGUUGACUCCCAAAGACGAAGACAUACUGCCCCCCAGGGAAGAGCCGUGACCGGGACAUUGGGGUGGCGUUCCGGGGUGAGGGUGCGUUGGCGGGAGGUCAAGGACGGCGCCAACUCCUCCUGGGCUCACCAGCUCCCAACAAAUGUACAGCAAAUAAACAAAGUGCGUUGCAAGCGCUUGCUAAAGGAA